AUGGGUCUCCAGGGGUUGUUCUGCUUCCCCCUGGGACUCCUGCUCUGCUCUGUGCUCCUCUGUGCUUCAGCCCCGGCCACUCUGGAGCCUCCCGGCUGCAGCAACAAGGAGCAACAGGUCACCGUCAGCCAUACCUACAAGAUCGACAUGCCCAAGUCCGCCCUGGUCCAGGUGGAGGCUGACCCUGAGCACCUCCGUGACAAUGGGGCUUCCCUCUUGGCUCUGGAGGAGGCUGGGGAGGAACAGAACAUCGUCUUCAGGCACAACAUCCGCCUGCAGACACUGCAGAAGGACUGUGAGCUGGCAGGCAGUGUCCAGGACCUCCUGGCUCGGGUGAAGAAGUUGGAGGAGGAGAUGGCAGAGAUGAGGGAGCAGUGUAGUGCCCAGCGCUGCUGCCAGGAAGCUGCCGAUCUGAGCCGACACUGCAGCGACCACGGGACUUUCUCCCCGGUGACCUGCAGCUGCCACUGCGAGCAGGGCUGGGAGGGCGCCGCCUGCGAGCGGCCCGCCUGUCCCGGAGCGUGCAGCGGCCACGGGCGCUGCGAGGACGGGCGCUGCCUGUGCCACGAGCCUUUCGUGGGCGCCGACUGCGCCUACCCCGCCUGCCCCGACAACUGCAGCGGCCACGGCGAGUGCGUGCGCGGCGUCUGCCGCUGCCACGAGAACUUCAUGUCGGAGGACUGCAGCGAGCGGCGCUGCCCCGGCGAUUGCAGCGGUCACGGCUUCUGCGACACCGGCGAGUGUUACUGUGAGGAGGGCUUCACGGGCCUCCACUGCGCCCAGGUGGUCGCCCCUCAGGGCCUGCAGCUGCUCAAGAGCACGGAGGAUUCCCUGCUGGUGAGCUGGGAGCCAUCCAGUGAGGUGGACCACUACCUCCUCAGCUACUACCCCCUGGGGAAGGAGCUCUCUGGGAAGCAGAUCCAAGUGCCCAAGGAGCAGAACAGCUAUGAGAUUCUAGGUUUGCUGCCUGGAACCAAAUACAUAGUCACCCUGCGCAACGUGAAGAAAAAUGUUUCCAGCAGCCCACAGCAUCUCCUGGCCACCACAGACCUCUCUGAGCUUGGCACUGCUUGGGUGACCGACGAGACUGAGAACUCCCUUGAUGUGGAGUGGGAGAACCCCCCAACCGAGGUGGACUACUACAAGCUGCGGUAUGGCCCCAUGACGGGACAGGAGGUGGCGGAGGUCACUGUGCCCAAGAGCAGUGACCCCAAGAGCCGAUACGACAUCACCGGUCUGCAGCCCGGGACAGAGUAUAACAUCACAGUUGUCCCAGUGCGAGGAGAACUGGAGGGAAGGCCGAUUCUCCUGAAUGGCAGGACAGAAAUUGAUGGUCCAACCAAUGUGGUCACUGAUCGAGUGACAGAAGACACAGCGACUGUCUCCUGGGACCCGGUUCAGGCUGUCAUAGACAAGUACAUGGUGCGCUACACCUCUGCUGAUGGGGACACCAAGGAGACGGCAGUACACAGGGACCAGAGCAGCACCACCCUGACGGGCCUGAAGCCAGGAGAGGCGUACAAAGUCUACGUGUGGGCUGAGAGGGGCAGCCAGGGGAGCAAGAAAGCUGACACCAAGGCCCUCACAGAAAUUGAUAGCCCGACAAACCUGGUGACUGACCGGGUGACAGAGAAUACGGCCACUGUCUCCUGGGACCCGGUGCAGGCUGCCAUUGACAGGUAUGUGGUACGCUACACCUCUGAGGAUGAUCAAGAGAUCAGACAGAUUCCUGUGGGGAAGGAGCAGAGCAGCACCGUCCUGACGGGCCUGAGGCCAGGCGUGGAGUACACGGUGUACGUGUGGGCCGAGAAGGGCGCCCGGGAGAGCAAGAAGGCCGACACCAGGGCCCCAACAGACAUUGACAGCCCCCAAAACCUAGUGACUGACUGGGUGACAGAGAAUACAGCCACUGUCUCCUGGGACCCGGUGCAGGCUGCCAUCGACAGGUACGUGGUGCGCUACACCUCUGCUGAUGAUGGAGAGACCCAGGAGGUUCCUGUGGGGAAGGAGCAGAGCAGCACCGUCCUGACAGGCCUGAGGCCAGGCGUGGAGUACACAGUGCACGUAUGGGCCGAGAAGGGGGCUCGCGAGAGCAAGAAGACCCACACCACGGCCCCAACAGACAUCGACAGCCCCCAAAACCUGGUGACUGACUGGGUGACAGAGAAUACAGCCACUAUCUCCUGGGACCCAGUGCAGGCCGCCAUUGACAGGUACGUGGUGCGCUACACCUCUGCUGAUGAUGGAGAGACCCAGGAGGUUCCUGUGGGGAAGGACCAGAGCAGCACCGUCCUGACGGGCCUGAGGCCAGGCAUGGAGUACACAGUGCACGUGUGGGCCGAGAAGGGGGCCCGCGAGAGCAAGAAGGCUGACACCAAGGCCCCAACAGAAAUUGAUAGCCCCAAAAACCUGGUGACUGACCAGGUAACAGAGAGUACGGUGACUAUCUCCUGGGACCCGGUACAGGCCACCAUUGACAGGUACGUGGUGCGCUACACCUCUGCCCACGGAGAGACCAAAGACAUUCCAGUGGCGAAGGACCAGAGCAGCACCAUCCUGACGGGCCUAAGGCCAGGCGUGGAGUACAUGGUGUACGUGUGGGCCGAGAAGGGGACCCAGGAGAGCAAGAAGGCCGACACCAAGGCCCCGACAGAUAUUGACAGCCCCCAAAACUUGGUGACCAACCGGGUGACGGAGAACACAGCGACUGUCUCCUGGGACCCGGUGCAGGCCGCCAUCGACAGGUACAUGGUGCGCUACACCUCUGCUGAUGGAGUCACCAAGGAGGUUCCUGUGGGGAAGGAGCAGAGCAGCACCGUCCUGACGGGCCUGAGGCCAGGCGUGGAGUAUACAGUGUACGUGUGGGCUGAGAAGGGGACCCAGGAGAGCAAGAAGGCCGACACCAGGGCCUGGACAGAAAUUGACCCUCCCCAAAACCUUCGUCCAUCUGCUGUAACACAGGCUGGGGGGGUUUUGACCUGGACACCCCCCUCUGCUCAGAUCGAUGGCUACAUUCUGACCUACCAGUUUCCAGAUGGCACGAUUAAGGAGGUGCAGCUGGGACGAGACUACCAGAGGUUUGAGUUGCAAGACCUUGAGCAGGGCGUCACCUACCCUGUGUCCCUGGUUGCCUUUAAGGGUGAUCACCGGAGCAGGAGUGCAGCUACUGCCCUCUCCACAGUUGGCGCCCGAUUCCCACACCCUUUGGACUGCAGUCAGGUUCAGCAGAACAGCAACGCUGCGAGUGGUCUAUAUACCAUCUAUCUGCAUGGUGAUGCUAGCCGGCCCCUGCAGGUGUACUGUGACAUGGACACGGAUGGAGGCGGCUGGAUUGUCUUCCAGAGGCGGAACACCGGCCAGCUGGAUUUCUUCAAGCGUUGGCGGAGCUACGUGGAAGGUUUUGGGGACCCCAUGAAAGAGUUCUGGCUUGGACUUGACAAGCUACACAAUCUCACCAUGGGCUCUCCUACCCGGUAUGAGGUGAGAGUGGACUUACAGACUGCCAAUGAGUCUGCCUAUGCCAUCUAUGAUUUCUUCCAAGUGGCCUCCAGCAAGGAGCGGUAUAAGCUGACAGUUGGAAAAUACAGAGGCACGGCAGGGGAUGCCCUUUCUUACCACAAUGGAUGGAAAUUCACAACUUUUGACAGAGACAAUGAUAUUGCGCUCAGCAACUGUGCCCUGACGCAUCAUGGUGGCUGGUGGUACAAGAACUGCCACCUAGCUAACCCCAAUGGGAGGUAUGGGGAGACCAAGCACAGUGAGGGGGUGAACUGGGAGCCAUGGAAAGGACACGAAUUCUCCAUUCCUUACGUGGAGUUGAAAAUCCGCCCUCAUGGCUACAGCAGUGAUCGCGUGGUGGGCAGGAAGAAGCGGACGCUGCAAGGAAAGAGGAGGACACUCUGAUGGCCCAUUUUGAGCGACAAUUGCAGGGACACGACCAGCCGGGGCUGGGGGCUGGGCAAGCUUGGGAUGGGGUGGGGCAUUGGUGCCUGGUGGAUGGAAGGUGGAGUGCUCAUAGUGCUGGUUUCUAAGAAGGCUAGAUAACCCCCAGACCAAAGCAGGUCCUCCAGCUUCCAAUCACCAAGAUUCCUUCCUGUCACCUGCAUUUUUUUCCCCAUCUUGAUUUUUAGGGGGCCUGAAAAUCAACAAAAUAGUAGUUGCACAGGAUGUAUGGGAAAGACAGUAUGGAAACUGCAGGGAUUUUCAGCUUGUCUUCAGUAACAAAUAUAUUGGAGUAGGACAAAAAUGAAUCAUCCCCCACUUCACUGAUUGGAAAUUUCUAGAAACAUAUACAUACACACUUAAAGCUCUGCUAAUCCAAAUCUUCUCUCUAGGAAGAAGCACCAAAGAGAGGCUCUGAUUACCUAGGGUUUGGGACUGAGGCAACUGGAUGUUUGUUUCCUCCUUUUCCCACUGGGUUUUGAGGGGGGGGAAAAAGGCACAAAUUCCCCCUCUUUCAUAUUGCUGGUGUUAGGGAGAAUAAAGAGAAUAAAAAGGGGCCAGGAUGGAUUCACAUUUAGCUAAGUUCUGACUAGUAUCCAGCAUGCUGGAAACCAAAGCUCCUAUUUUACUGCUAUUUUUAAAUGCCCUCUUUUGGGUCAUUUGCAUAAUUACUUUCAUAGAUCUGCAUAUGUUGUGAAUAAAUUCUCACUCAUUUCAAGUGUAAAUAAUUUGACUCUCUUGAUAAUUGGUACCUCUCAAAGUCUCUCCUGUGACCCCCUUUCGUCCCUCCCUCCCCAAGGCUCGCCACUUCUGUGUGACCCCUGGGUUUCCUGAGGCUGCCAGUGCUGUGAGUCUGACUGUUGAUUGGAGGCUUGGCAAGGUCAGCUCCUUCUUGUUUAUUUCCUAUCAUUUUGGAAGGUAUUUUUGCAGUGAAGUCAGUGACCAUUGAAGUAACUUAAAUUCCUAUUCAAGAA